CUCCUCGUAGCCAUCCUCGUCCUCAUUCUCAUCCUCAUUCUCAUCCUCCAUCCGUCAUCUCAACCUCCUCACCUCCCAUACCCUUGACAUCAACAUGUCAACCAACAAUCUCGGCUACGCCGACGAAAAGGCGCCUGAGGUCGAGGUGCUUGAAGUCCCGGCCACUCUCACCUACAAGAAGCAGCGUCCCAGCUUUGCCCACCGUCUUCUCAAAGUCAUCAUUGUUCUGUUCGGCGGACUGUUGGUCGUUGACCUACUCAGCCAUGGACCAGCAUUGGGCCAAAUUUCUCGAGGAUGUCAUGGUCUCCGCCACCGGCACCGAAUGAAUGGAUGGGAUGAUGGCCACCAACACCCAUUCCCACCCAUCGACAAAUGGAAGCCUUUUGAGGGAACCACCCAUUUCGAAUUCGAGCCAAAGGUCGCCUCCGGUUUCACGGUUCGCGGAACCAAGGCAUUCGGCAAAGUCGUAUUUGAGACAUCCAAGCUAUCGGAGAAGGUGGUCAUCGAUCUAGACAUCAAGACCAGCAAGAAGGACAAGAACAAUGAUGUCAGCGUCGAAGAAGACAAUGGCUAUCUCACCAUCCACACUCCCGACACUGGCAAGCUCGAGACCUAUGUAUCGGCCAAGAUUCAGCUCCCCUCCAAUAUCAUUGGUACCUAUGGCAUUCCGAAAUUCGAGGUUGAUGUCCCACGUCACAUGGUCGACUUCAGUGGUUUGCCGGAAUCUCUCGAAAUCGGUGAGUUCACGGUCAGAGUUGCAAAGGGCUUCGUCAAGUCUGGUCCUGUACAUACCAACAUGACCACCAUCUCCGUUGCUGAUGGAGCGCUCCGUGGCUCUUUGACUCAUGCCCGCAAGCACACCGAUGUCAACGUCGUCAAAGGCAAUGCUACUAUCGAUAUUCCUAGAAUCAGCUCAGGCAACGAAGGCUCUACGACCAUCCACCUUGGCAAUGGCCACCUCAAUGGUACUUUGUCCAUCUACAACUCUACCUCCAUCGACGUCGCCCGAGGCUCCAUCUGGAUCAACGUUGACUUCAAGGAUGCCGAGCCUCGAGCUCAAUUCACUACCAGAAUCGCAUCAGGCGACUCCCGCGUCUACGUCAACUCCAUUGCUGAAGAGCGAUUGUUCCACUCGAACCACAAUACCGUCGCUGGUGACCAAUUGAUCACUUAUCCUUCCAACUUCCAGGGCACAAUCGACGCCCGUGGCAUUGCCGGCAACAUCAAACUUGCUGGAGAGGAACUCAACGUGGAGAAGGUCAUUGGCGGCAUGGUUGGCACGAAGGGCGAUCCGAACAGGAACUACAUGAGUGUCAAAUCCGUCAAGGGAGCCUUGGAUAUCCUCGUUGGGGAUGAGGAUAAAGCUGAACGCCAGAAUCAUGUUUGAUGUGAAUAGUCAUGACAGUCCCGGGGGACGACAUUUGUACUAGUAUUUUAAAAGCGAACUUGCAUGGAGAGGAAUGCGAGCUUAUUUCUAUGAUUAAUUAGCAUUGGCAGCAGCCAAAAUGGAAGCAUUUUCCUCUGA